AUGCCCACGACUGCCUCCAGCAACCUCGGUAUGUUGGAACUUGAGCACCAUCAACCCCAGACGACCGGCGAACAGCAGUCUGCAAUUGUCAAGUCCAACUCGACCCUGCGAUCAAUGGGCAACGGCCCGCCGUCGUGGAAUGCCAGCAGCACGCAAUGGCCGCCCCAAAUUGUACUAGCCUCACCUGCCAGAGCUGGGAUGGCCCCACGAUGCCGGAGCCGAGUCUCGUCAGCUUCAUGGACAACCACCGACGAACACCGCUUGACCGGCGGCACGCCCUAUUGCAUGUGUCGCGCCCUUUGUCCUCAUCCCCGGGUCUCGUCCGCCGGUCAUCGCUGUCACGAUGCAGUCGGCUGGGCACAGGACCCGUCGGCGGGUGGACUGGGCCCCGCUGCUGAGUCGAGAGAAUCAGUCACACAAACGUUGGUCGGCAGAACCAACAAGCGCAGUGGUGACCCGAUCAAGCAGGCCGGCAGCUCCUCCGUUAUUGGCUCAGACACAACCUUACGAGGAUGAAUCGUUCUGCGGAGGCGUUCUUGACCAAUAUAGCCGACCAAUAGUCUUGUCGGGACUGUCGAGCACACUUCAUCUUGAUAUCACCACCA